AGCAUUUUACUUCCUUUCGGUCUAUGAGGACUGAUGAAAUGUAGGAAAUCUGUUUCUGGCAGGAAGAAAAAAAUCGUUUUCCCAAACAGCACUAAAAGGAGCCAUCAGAGAAGUAUGAAGAGGGGUAGUGCGGCUGUAGCUGCUGCCGCUGCCGCCAGGCUGGUGGGGUGCGGGGAGCGGCUGCUGCAGGACCUGCGCCUGGAGGGGGCCGGCCUCGAGAAGCUGCAGGAGCCCAAGCGCCUCUGAAAGCCGCCAGCAGCCCAGCUCAGGACGCGGGGGUGAGCAUGACUGGCUGGCCCAGCUCUGCGCCAACGCCGCCGCAGCGCGCGCGCUCUGCAGCCGGGGCUCACGGGAGCCCCUGCCUGUCUACUGCACCGGGGGCGGCGGGGGAGGGGAGAAGUCAUUAAAAAAUAACCUCGGGAACGAGGCGGGGAAGAGUGAGGAGCCACGGACAGUUGGACAGGCUCUGUCUCUAAGAGUGGGUAUUCACUGCAGUGGGUGACUUUCUGAUUCCCUGGAAACAACCAUGUGUUCCUUAUCCCUUUUGUGGAACACCCCAGAUGACUGCAGCACGUAUUACAAGUGGAUAAAUAAUGUGCUCUGCUCUGAGCCCAAAGGUACGCAGUGGACCUGGCCUCUCUGAUAUGCAUCAGUAUAGCCAAUGGCUAGCCAGCAGACAUGAAGCUAAUUUGCUACCAAUGAAAGAAGAUCUGGCCUUGUGGUUAACCAAUCUAUUAGGGAAGGAGAUUACAGCAGAAACUUUUAUGGAGAAGUUGGACAAUGGUGCCUUGCUCUGUCAACUUGCAGAAACUGUGCAGGAGAAAUUUAAGGAGAGCAUGGAUGCUAAUAAGCCCACAAAGACUCUGCCAUUGAAGAAGAUCCCAUGCAAAGCCAGUGCACCCUCGGGCUCCUUUUUUGCCCGAGAUAAUACAGCAAAUUUCUUAUCCUGGUGCCGAGAUUUAGGGGUGGAUGAAACAUGUCUGUUUGAAUCCGAAGGUUUGGUCCUCCACAAGCAACCCAGAGAAGUGUGUCUCUGUUUGCUAGAGCUUGGCCGGAUUGCAGCCAGGUAUGGUGUGGAGCCUCCUGGUUUGAUAAAAUUGGAAAAAGAGAUUGAACAAGAAGAAACUCUUUCUGCCCCUUCUCCUUCACCUUCUCCUUCAUCAAAGUCUUCUGGAAAAAAGAGUACAGGAAACUUACUGGACGAUGCAGUGAAACAAAUUUCUGAAGAUCCUCCUUGCAAAUGCCCAAACAAGUUCUGUGUGGAGCGACUCUCCCAAGGAAGAUACCGGGUGGGAGAAAAGAUCCUCUUCAUCAGGGGUCUUCAUGGUUGUGACUAUAUCUCCACAGCCAAAGCAAAGCAGACAUUUAAGAUGCUGCACAACAAACAUGUCAUGGUCCGUGUGGGAGGAGGCUGGGAAACUUUUGCAGGGUAUUUGUUGAAACACGACCCCUGCCGAAUGCUGCAGAUCUCCCGUGUGGAUGGCAAAACAUCCCCUAUCCAAAGCAAAUCUCCAACUCUAAAGGACAUGAAUCCAGAUAACUACUUGGUGGUCUCUGCCAAUUAUAAGGCUAAGAAGGAGAUUAAAUGAAACAAGUUGGUCAUGACAAGGGGACCCUAUAAUGGCCUGUAUCCGAUUCUCCAGUAUAGUCAGUUUAGUUCAUAUGCUCUGAAAACUGUUUUGGAGAAAAGUAUAACAGACAGAAAAAUGUCAUCAUGUUGAAAAAUGUUCAAAGAGUAGCACUAUUUAUUUUUAAUGCUUCUGUAGAAUAUGACCUAUGAAAAGAUAUUCUAAACUCAGAUUUAAAUUAGACAAAUUUUAGGCAAAUUAUUUCUCAAUAUAAGAACAGUAUUUAGAACACAAACAAUAUUAGAAACAAUUCUAGCUAAAGAUAAACACUAUAAGGAGAAAACAUUUAGGAUUUGGAGAUACGUCAACAGAAAGUGCCUGCUUUAUGUCCAUGAGUAAAAGCACCCCAGACAUUUUUAUAAUUGCAGAAUUUUUAUGCUUUUUUUUUUUUUAUAAAAUGAUGAUUAGUGUGAUAAUGUGCUACAAAAAAAAAUAUAUCCAACAGCACUACAAAUAAGUAUAGAGUAUUCACAGUAGUAAUACAUUACUGGAAAGGCCACUUAGAAAACUUUACAUUUACUUGGAAGGUUGCCUUAAAGUGUAUCUCUUAUCCAUGACCAAAUAUCUGGGGUACUUUUGGAAGUUGUCAGUACACCCCCUUAGAGAAUAGCUUAUGAGUUAUUUCACACAUUCCUGAGCACAUGGCUGUGUUUAGAAUGACCUAGUGUAAUUCACACAUGAGCUGACAUACGUUGAUAUUUUGAGUAAAUUGUACAGUCAACUCUUCAUUGAUUUCAUGUUAUUUCAAAGCAUUUUCUUAUUAAAAAUAUAUCUUUAGUUAAUCCUAUUUUGCUAUGCUGUCUAGUAAAUUCACUGUAGCUAAUGAUGUUACAGACUUACGUAUACCCUUGUAUACCUGGGACAGGGCUGUUUUAUACCAAUAAACAGCAAAAUAUUGUCCUUACUGAUUCAAGAAUUAAAAGGAUAAAUUUUUAAAAUGUUA